AUGUUGGAUAAAUUAACAGAAGAGACAUCGUAUUAAUUAUAAAAAAUGGGUUAUUUGAAUUGGUAAAUAAUCUAAAUAGAACAAUAGUUUUCUUAGACAGCCUCUUAAUUACUAGUGUUCUUAUAAAAUGAAAAAGCAAAAAUACCUGCCUAUAUAUAUUAUUCUAAACAGUUCUUUAGUAUGGAUUAAACCAUAAAAGAAGUAAUAGAAAUUAUUUUAAUAGGUUGUUGAAAAUCUAGUCUUAUCAGACAGUUCAGCUUUGAUUUGUUUGACUGAAAAUAGAGAAGUUUAAGCCAUUAUAACAAUUUCAGACAUUUUGAAAUUCAUUUUAAAAGAUGCUUAUUGA